AUGGUCAAAUCAGUAACAAGUUUUAGACAGAAGGCCAUAAACAGUCGAGCUCUUGUAGUAAAAAAAACAGUUUUUGACAAAAACGAGAUAUCUACAACAUGUAAAGUUACGUCAACCCCCAAAGCUACAACAACACCUAAAGAUGUGUCAAAACCUAAAGCUUCAACACCUAAGGCUACGACAAAGAAAAAUACCACAGAAAAAGCAGAUGAGCAAGAUUUUCAUUGUCCAGUGUGUCAGAGGAAUGAAAUUUCUGAUAUGCGUCUGUGCGUUGUCUGCAAUAAAUAUAUUCAUGAGGAUUGUGUAGAUGUAAAACAGUUGUCUCAAAAGGAACAAGUUUUGAUAAAUCAGUUUGCUGAUGAAAUUGGAGGUGAUUCUAAUGCUGAAGAUGAUCAACCUAAAGUUUAA